ACUGCGACACAGACUGCUGUUUAUUUCACGCCUUUCCGCUGGCAGCUUAACCAAAAUGCAACAGCAGCGCAUUUAUCUACACGGCUUGUGGUUAAUGAACAUAUUUUUCUAUUGCUCAAAUGGCAGCGCAGACGCACAAAUGGCGAAGGAAGUAAUUGGGUUACAACAACCAACGGUGGAGACGAUUCAGCAGCGGAACUUUGAAUUGUUGCAGGAAGCAUUGCCGCUCGGUUGGCAGGCGUUCUGCGAGGCACCCGUUGAUGAGUCUGUCAUGCUGCUGCACAGCGGCAAACCCUGCGAUGCCAGCAUACAUGUCAUGACGAUCACUAAUCAAAGCAUACAACUGCCCAUCAAGGCGAUAUCCGAGGUCAGCGACUUCGACAUCAAUCCCAAGCGCAAGACCUUAGUCUACGUGAAUGCCUACUACACACCCGACAGCUAUUUCAGUGUGCAAUCACAUCUAAAGCUAUUACAGACGACACGACGUGAUCUCAAUAUUGUUGUUGUGGACUUUGCCAGAGAUGUAUUGCAAUUAUAUUACACCGUGCGUCAUCAUGUCGCCGUGCAGGGUCAUUUUGUGGCGAAAAUACUCAACGUGUUAAUGCAAAAGGGCGUUGCACCAGAGGAUGUUACCUUGGCGGGUCAUUCCGUGGGUGCGAAUAUAGCGGCAUUGGCCGCGAACAUCUAUGCCGACCAAAUAUCCAGCUCUAAUGUACGCGUCGGUCAAUUGGUGGCCAUUGAUCCGGCGUUGAUGUGUAGUCCAGCUGAUAUAUACGUACAGGCGAAUGUCAGCAGUCGCGUCAUCGUUAUACACGGUGAGGGUGAUGUAUUUGGUGUGCGCGAACAACGCGGUACCAUUGACAUCUAUCCGAAUGGUAUCGGCUUCUUUACACGUCGUAAACUACAGCCUGGCUGUGAUACGAGGAGCUGCAGUCACAUGUACUCGUUUAUUUUGUUUAUGGAGGCUCUGAUUGAGGGCGUAAUGAUACCGGCGGUGAAAUGUGAUAGUUGGUCACACUUCCGUAAGCGCCAAUGCGAUUUCAGUGACGCGCUGGCAAUCGGCUUGAAGUAUCCCAAACAGGCUAAGGGUGUCUACUUUUGUUUAACACAACCAAAUCCACCGUUUACUUUUAUGGAGCAUGGCAUAAAGUAUCAACGCAGCUUAGCAUCCGCAGCUAAAACAAAUUUGAUCUAAAAGCUGGCAAGUAAGCUGAUCUUUAAGCUUUAAGUUGUUGAGAAUAUAAGACUCUA